UCUAUUUCAACAGUGGCGCUGAAAAACGCUGGGGCUUUUUAAAAGACCACUUUUUACGGAUAUGUGUUUAUAUAUGGUGGAUUGACAAGAAAAGUAACGUCCAUUCAUUUAUAAGCUUGCAGUUUUCAGUUUUCAUGUUUACGAUCAAGUCGAUACAAUUCUUUUUUAAACGAGAUAGAUUCUUUUUUGUUUGACUUGAUAACAUUUCCUGCAGUGGGAAAAGAAUGGUCUGUUUGUCCAGCCGUGUAGACUCGUCGGGAUAUUUUUGGAACUUUUGAUAACCUUGGAUAUCGUUCGAGAUAGAUAUAAAACUCAUGGAACAUUUUUUUUUCAUUAAGGAUUCGUUUUGAGGAAUGCGUCUAAUGGGACUGUAUUCGAAAUAUACACAAAACGAAUAGAGGUUUGGGAGAGAAGCAUGGGUUCAAAACACUGGAUGUCUUUGACAUGUUGGAACUGAAAAAAGAAACCCCACUAAUAUCAACGACAGAAGAUUGGAGUUUUUGGUUAUAGUACCGGUUAAAAGGUCGGCUUAAGAGACCUGAAAAUGCCUUCUAAAUCUAAUGAGCGAUUUCUUCGAGCGGAUAGGAGAAACCAGAUAGAAAAAGGCAGAUUGGAGAAAGUGCUAAAACUGUACGAAAAAGAGAAGUUGCACAAAGCCCUGGAAAUCGACCGUGAAAAGAAAGAAUUCGUCAAAUCGUUCAGCAGUGUGCGGCGAACCUCAGGGGUUAGCGACCAAGGUGUGGCCCCCACAGGUAAAAGUGACAAUGAUUACCUCAGCGCUCCGGUGUAUCGAAUGGGCAUACGUCUAAGCGAGCGCCGCUUAAUGGGUUGGCGCGCUCAAGAAAAAGAAGAGAUUAAGCGGAGAUUAAGAUCAGCUCGAUCUUCUAGUCAUCGCUCGUUGAGCGGCGAAUAUCGUCGACAAGAGUCUCACCAAGACAAUGAGAUUCCGGACUACGACGAAAAUGGUAACAUCGACGAUGUGUUCUCUGAGAAUGAAUCGGUACAAGAAUUGGAGUUUGAUCCUAAGCGUUUGACCAGAUGUAUAAUGGAGAGCUAUAAAUCGUUGUUUUCUCAGAAGGACUUUAAGCUAGAUAAGGAGAACGUCAAACGGAUUCGUUCGGCGAAGUUUUGUCGCUCGAUAAGUGACAUUGAGAUUGACGGUCAAGAGCGCCCACCGAAACAAAGGCCACAAACUGCGGUCUCAUCCGCGAGGAGGAAUCGAGGACUCUCCCUCCCCUUACCCCAGAGACCUUCUACUGCAGUUACUUAUGGAUCAACAAAGAACAAUUUAGACAACGGAUCAACGAUAUUGAAAUCACCACGCUCAAAGUUCAAUAAUUACCUUUCAAGUAGCGAUAUCGAUUCGGAAGGAACAGAUGACGUAGAUAGCAUGGACCUUUCUUCUUCUCAAAGUGAAACAAAUAUGAAACACUCUUCUAAACAAACAAAAGACAACAUGAUGAAUGGAAUGAAAGAGGAAGGUCUCUCUGAAAACGGUUCUGCUGUGCAAACUCAUAGAAAGCACCAGCAUCGAGUUUCUAUAUCUCGAUUAAACGAUCGAUCGAAUGCGGAGCCAAUUCCAGAGGAUGGCAUUCUGACCACCACGUAUAAAAACAAAACCAGAAGAGCGUCGGAAUCGAGCAUCGCGGAAAAACCUUCAAGAUGCAAGUCGGCAAAGAACAGGAGAAACUCGGCGACCGUUUCGAUGCAGUCUAUUCACGAGAAUGGCGAAGUAACAAAUAUCAGUAAUUCUGAAAUUAACACCAGUGAUUCGGAGUCAGAUAUUUCGUUCCCGCGUCGGCCACGAAUGUCGACCACAUCGAGGCAGCGUCACUCAAGCGGAAGUACUAUGACGUCAGAUAGCCGAGAUUUCCUAGAGAGCAGCGUGUUUAGUAGUAUGAGUGAUUUAAGUCUAGAUUCAAAUGGACAACGAAAGCCAAGCAAGUGGAGGGAGUUCGUCUGCGCGGAAAAGGCUCAAAUUCCUCCUCCUAAAAAUGUGGUCUCAGUUACAACUGUGUUAAGAGCCGCUCUUGCGUUCUCCAAAACUGCAAGAAAGCGAGCUCUAACCCAACUUGUUCAGGAACAGAAUACCGAUGCUGGUGAAAUAAUUCGCCAGGAAAGACUCAGAAGGCUUGACUCGAAGAAUAAUAUUCUUGCAGCCAUAUCCAAAAAUUUCGCGAUCAGUAUUAACAAUAUGAAUCAAGGAAAAUCUACAGAAAUGUAAUGAUAGUAUUUUCAUUUUUCGCAACCUUUUAAAAACGAAUCAAAGAUUAUUUUGUAUCACAUUUUGAGUAUGCAGUUGUUUGAAUAUAUCAUAUUCUAUGAAAAAAAUGAAA